AUGGGGCUUGGCAGUACGACCAUCGCGAAAUUAAAAAAAGGGAUCAGCGAGAGAAGAGCGGACAAUUUUUUAAUUGACGAGCUGGAUGCCAUCAAAGAUUAUCUCACCGAACUUAACCGCUCAGCGCAGAGCUUACAAAAUGCAAAUUACCACCGCAGUGUGUUGAAGGCUACAUCACGGAAGGACCCAAAUGAGAAGAAGGAGAAGCAGGAGAAGGAGAAGAAGGCGAAGGAGAAGGAGAACCCCUUCCUCCGGUGCAUACAAAUGAGGAGAGACGUGGAAAAGCAAUUCAAGUGCAUCGACCUUGUUAGCCACUCGAAGGACAUGGAAAGUACGAGUACGUCGAAUGACCCCUCUGAGGGGGAAAGGCAAAACCGACGGGAGGAAGCCAAAGCGGAGCAGAAGAAGGAGCAGAAGCAGAGGGAGCAGAAGAAGGAGCAGAAGAAGGAGCAGAAGCAGAUGGGGCAAACGAAGAAGGCGGAGCAGAUGGGGCAAACGAAGAAGGCGGAGCAGAUGGGGCAAACGAAGCGGACUGAGCAGACGGAGCAGACUGAGCUGACGAAUCAGACAGCCAACUUCACCAACGAGCGGGAAAGGGAACUCUUCCAAUACUUAAUUGUAAAGGCAAAUAACGAAAUUGAAAAUAUCAACCUGAGCUUGGGGAAGAAAUAUGAAGAAGAACUGAAAAGCAAAAUGGAUAAGGUAAAAUCAUCGUAUGAAAAUAAAAUAAAAAAUUUUUCAAAGGAGCAGAAAUUUCUUUGUGAUGAAAAGGAACAAAUGGUGAAGGAGGAUAAGUACAACAAAGAGGUCAUAAAAAAAUUGGAAAAAAAAAAUUUAUUGUUGGUACACCAGGUGGAACAAUUAAAAAAAAAACUUCACCUUGUUUGUGACGAAGCAUUGCAGAAGGAGGUGCCAAAAUGGAAUACUGAGCAAGCGGGAAUGGGUACAUUGAGAGAUGGACUUUAUCGAGAAGGCCACCAACUAAUUAGGGAUUACGAAAAGAAGAUAAACAAGCUAAAUGAGCAGCUGAACCGUACGCAUGGAGAGUGCUUAUCUUUUAAAACUAAGUGGGGCGUGAACAGCAGUUACACCAGCGAGAGGAGGAAGUGGUACGAACACCCGUCUGCUCAAGCGCAGUGAAUGCACAAGUGCCUUACCUCCAAAAAGGAAGUGGAAGAAAAAUGGACCCAUCUGAAAGGGGAAAAUUUCAGGAUGGAGGCGGAGAAUGACCGUCUGCGGGCAGAACUGAAGAAAGCCAAGUUGAGUAUCCAGCAGUUGGAGAAAGACCAUGCAGAGGCCUGCCAGAACAAGGAUCACCUCCUCGCGUGCUACAAAACAGAGGAAAAGAAGCUGAAGGAAGAUGUGCAAAGUUACAAAAUGGUAUAUACAAACGCCCUGAAAGAUGCAGAAAAUGAGAAGAACAUUUGCGAAAGGAUCUGCGAAAAGAACGAAAACAUACAGAGAGACAUGCUCAUCGAAAUAAAGAGCCUAAAGAACGAACUGUACGAGUGCAGAAAUAAAGCUUACAAAAAUAGUAAAUCUGGGGUUAACAUUCCGCAGGGGGGGAUAUUCUAUGGAUACUCGAAUGGGAUAGAGGCAAAAGGAGAGCAGGACACCACGCAAAAGAUCAAAUCCAUAGUGAAACAACUUACACUGCUCAAACUUGAACGUAGUAACAAAGGCGCGGAAUUAAAAAGGUGCCCCAAACAUGGAGGAAGAACAGAAGAAGUGCGAAGAAGGGAAUGCCUCACGAAGAGGCUCCAAUGCAUCGACGACAAAAUAAACAUGCUUGAUGGGACUUUAAAAAUGAUUCAAAUGGGCACCGGUGCUCACGUUACAUGA